AUGAAAUCCACGGCUAGCAAGGCGUUGCUCGCUAGCUUCCCACUUCAAGAAGCAUCAGAGGACAGGUCAGAGGGGGGCUUCUCUGGUCUAAUGAGCAAGACAGACCAACAAUUCGAGUCAACAUCUAUGACGAGCGUAUCGCAAACACUGCACCUUGAAGCCUCUGCGCAGAACAGCGGCACUGAGACUAUCCUACAGACUCGCACCAUCGAGACGUCGUUCGUCUAUCCGAUCGACUUCCAGUAUGAGCCGCCAGACGACGAACGUUUCCCGUGCCACUGGUGCAAGCAUGUCGCAUACGGCAUCGUUGGACUCGGAAAGCGGAAAGUGAUGGUGGUUACUGAUGCAGAAGGCAAACUUCAGGAGAUUAGCGGGGGUCAUUCAGCGAAUGGGCACGAACCCAGCCGGAUGUGCGCGAUCUGCGCGCUGGAAAGAAUCAGGAUCAUGAAAUGCGCUGGCCAUCGGAUCGUCCCUCUCAAAGGUCUUAGCUGCGACACUUUCGACUUCGCGGCGGCUUAUAAGACUUUGGAGUCUGCUUCGGGUGAGAUGCCAGAUGGGAUGCCGGUUAUCUGGUGCUCGCUCUGCCCCCAUCCUGCGUUCUUCGGUUGCAACACCGCGCAACCGGCCAACAUCUUCUUGGGGUCCGCGCAGGGUGAGGCGGGCUGUGGACUGUUUCUGUGCGAAGCAUGCGAGGAUUUGGUGGGUGUUUGUGAAGGGAAUCUGGCGGAGAUCGUUGAAAGGAAUGAGCUCGAGGAUCCGGAGUCUGGGAAGCGGGCGGACCUCACCGUCACGACGUCUUCCACCAAGCGCCGUAAGGUAGCAGAGCCUCGCAGACCAGGAACGCUUCCGGGUUUGUCGUUCGCCUCGCAGACCGGAAGACGUCACGGCCAUCCUAGCUCCGACCACUCUUCGUCUUCCUCGGCCCUGCCUCAUCGCCGUCCUUCGCCCACCUCCCCUUCGAAUCGCAGUCAGAGUUCCUCGGCCUCACCGCCUCCUCGGUACAUUCCCGCCCAUCUGCAGGACGAAGUGCUGGGAACCAGGUCGCAACCUUCUGCUCGCUCCCCGACCCUGGAUUCUACUGCCAGUGCCGUCGACUGCCCGUCCGCUGCCUGCGCAGGUUUGACCCUACACAGCGACCCCGCGACCGAUAUGUCGGCCUCGGACGAGAAGAUGAACGCUCCCGGAGCGUCAGACAGUGAGAAGGAUGUGGUGAUGGACCAAGUUUCUACCUCGAAGGACGGUCAACCUCAUCCCGCCCAGCCGGAUACGAUGGACACCUCUGGAUCGGGAGAUGACAACUCGACUGGCAACGAGGGUAGCUCGCCGUCAGACAAUGUGUAUCCCACCCCGUCCAGUAUGUCCACCUAUACCGCUCCCACGGAAACACGAGCCCACGCCAAAGCCGAGGCAUCCGUCGCAUCCGUCGACCCUCCCUCCUUCGACGAUCAGGUCGCGCAGGUGACCAAGUUCAUGAUGCAGCCCAUGCAGGAAAAGCAGAAAGGAUACGUGGUGUCCAUGUCGUGGUUGAAGCGCGUGUUCGCGCGAAGCUCCACCCAUGCAGACCAGGCAGAUAAGACCGCCGCGGAAGGAGAAAUCGGCCCCGUCGACAACUCGGAUAUUGUUUUGGUGACCGAUCCCGCUAUUGCAGGCUUCAAGGACGAGAACGGGGAGCCGUUUGUCCCCCUCAGGCCCGGUCUGCAGAUCGGGGAGGAUUUCGAGAUCAUACCCGAAGGGGGCUGGGAUUUGAUUAUGCAGUGGUACGGCCUUGCGGAACAGUCUCCUGCCAUUGUCCGCUACGCUCACAAUACCGCACCCGCCGGCGAUGGCGAGAACAUCCAAUACGAGAUUAACCCGCCGAUCUUUACGAUUCUGAAACUCACGAACCCAUCCACGGGAACCACCCCCAAAUCACUCAAGGAAAAGAACAUGCUACCCGUUCGGGCCCUCGCCAGUCGACACACCAAUUUCCAAAAAUGGCUUAAGCAAGCUAAAGAACUGGCGAAGAUUGACAUGUCGACAAAAGUUCGCGUCUGGAGAAUCUUGGGCGGUCUCGGAAGUGCCACUACCUCCGCUGCGGUCACACCAGCUGCCUCUCGAACUGCCUCCCCGGCGCCUUCCGCUUCGACCGUGCCCACUGCUGGAGGCAGUCUCGUCCUUGACCUCAACACUUUUCUCUCCCUUUCCGAAGGAUCCCAGCGGGAGUUGUUGGAAGAGGCUAGGGAUCAGACUGCCAAUUCCAAUUACAACGGUCGCAUGACGUUGGAUCUCGCUGGGCUGGGUGGUAGUGAUAUCGUAGUCCUCGAGGAAAGACUUCCUGGUAAACAGGGUGAUUGGGUGUCCGAGGCCUCCAGACAGGCACUAAACCGCCUUGGGGUGCCAAGUGGAAGUCUCAAGAAUGAGGUGUCUACCAAGGUAAAGACGAAGAGCCCUGCUACUAGUGGACGCUCAUCUCCAGUGCCAGAGCCUGUGAGGGGAAGACGUAAGGAUGGGAAGCCCCGCGGCUGCACAGGUCUGAGCAACUUGGGCAACACGUGCUACAUGAACUCCGCCCUGCAGUGUGUCCGCAGCGUGGAGGAAUUAACUUACUACUUUUUGAAUGACGUCUAUAAGAAAGAUCUUAAUCCCAGCAACCCUCUGGCUCACAAUGGUGAUGUGGCUAAGGCCUAUGCCAACCUGCUUCGACAAAUUUUCGAUGAAGCAGGCCAGUCCUCGUUCGCUCCCAGGCAGCUGAAACAAACUAUUGGCCGCUAUGGUCCGGCAUUCUCUGGAUACGGACAGCAAGAUUCACAGGAGUUCCUUCUUUUUCUUCUUGAUGGUCUCCAGGAGGACCUGAACCGAAUCCAGAAGAAGCCAUAUAUUGAAAAGCCAGACUCCACGGAUGACAUGGUCCACGAUAAAGCCGCGCUGAAAGAGUUCGCUGAUAAAUGCUGGGACAUUUACAAAGCUCGCAACGAUUCCGUAAUCACCGAUCUUUUCGCCGGUAUGUACAAGUCUACACUUGUCUGCCCCGUUUGCGACAAGGUCAGUAUCAUCUUCGACCCGUUCAACAACCUCACUCUCCAGCUUCCGAUUGAAAACCUCUGGAGUAAAGAGAUCUUCUACUUCCCUCUAAACAAGAAACCGGUCAUUGUGGAUGUCGAGAUCGACAAGCACGCCAGCAUCAAGUCUCUCAAGGAAUUGGUCGCCAAGAAGAUGGGCUCGGACCCUCAACGCCUGGUCAUGUCGGAGAUCUAUAAGCACAAGUUCUACAAGAUGUUUGACAACACAAGCUCCAUCGCCGAUUGCCAGAUCAGCAAUGGGGAUGAUCUUGCCAUCUAUGAGGUCGAGUCCGUCCCGACGAACUACAAUCCCGACAAGCAACAGAAAAGCUACUUCUCCUUUAAUCGGUCCGAACAUGAGGAGAUUCCAAAGCUCGAUUCCCCAAGAGCUGAUAGAUUGCUGGUGCCUAUAUUUAACCGCUUUGAGAAACCACGGUCGAACAACCCGAAGAAUACCCAGCGGCCCCUUUUCGGUGUGCCUUCUUAUGUCGUCAUCAACAGGGAAGAGCUUGGCGACUACGAUGCUAUCUUCCGAAAGGUUCUCGCGCAGGUGGCUUCUAUGUCAACACGCGAUUUCCUCAGCGAAGUCACUGAUGCAGAGUCUAGCCAGGAGGAUUCGGACACCGUCGUAAUGAACGAGGACGACGCACAGUCAGCCGAUUCCAAGAUCAAGACGUCCUCUGUCGACGGGGAAGAUGGAAUUGUUGAUGUCUCCAUGCGCGACGCAGAUGACUCUCAAGACGAUGCCUCAGCUCAGCGUGAGGGCGGCAUUCCUACUAACCUUCGUAAUCUAUUUGAAAUGAAGAUUAUCAAGUCGAACGAGGUUGUCCCGCUUGGCUUUUCCUCGGUUGAUGACCACAAGGAAUAUCCCCGGAUGUCAUUCAGGAUCAAGACAAAGCCUGCUCCGAAGAAGCAGAAGGAGCCCGAAUCGGAAACGGCCACCGAGAAAUCAGACGACGAAAGCGCGGGUAAACAGAGCUCUGAGAGUGCUGAGUCGGACAUUUUUGCCGAUGCCAAACGCCCGGUGACUAAGCCUAACACCCAGAUCCCGCCCAUGAUCCGACCGGGCGAAGGUAUUGUGGUUGAUUGGACAGAGGACGCAUACGAUGCCCUAUUCUCUGGCGGCAUGGAGAAAGACUCUGUUCGUGGUAGCCCGACAUGGACCAACAUCGAGAGGCACCCAGACCCCGAACUCUCCAAGAAACGAGCACUCCGACAGACCCGCAAAAAGCGAGGCGUCACUCUCUACGAGUGUCUGGACGAGUUCAACAAGGAAGAGAUUCUUUCCGAAAAUGACGCAUGGUAUUGCCCACGCUGCAAGGAGCAUCGCCGGGCCAGCAAGAAAUUCGAACUCUGGAAGACGCCUGACAUUCUGGUCAUGCACCUGAAGAGAUUCAGCGCUAGCCGCGGUUUCAGAGACAAGCUCGAUGUCCUUGUUGACUUCCCCGUGGAAGGUCUCGACAUGAGCGGCCGGGUCGAAGCCCCUGAGGACGGUAAGAGCCUUAUCUAUGAUCUCUUCGCUGUGGACAAUCACUAUGGUGGACUUGGAGGAGGCCAUUACACCGCCUACGCCAAGAACUUCAUGACCGGUCAAUGGAAUGAAUACAAUGACUCUUCUGUAUCGAGACCCCUUGACCCCCAGAGUGUGGUCACCCCCUCGGCUUACCUCUUGUUCUACCGCCGUCGUUCCGAGCGUCCUCUGGGCGGCAAGGUCCUCGGGGAGAUCACUGAGGCUUCGACGCGCCCGGGUAGCGACGCCGAUUCCCAAAGCGAGUCGCGCGGGCAGUCUCCGUCGGGGGAAGGUCGGCGCCUCGGCGGCUCCUCCCGCAAUGGGUCGUCGAGCGCAUUAACCGGAGUCGGAGCAGCUCACCAAUUGGGAGAUGGUGGUUUGCGAACUGGAACCCGAACGAAGAGCGGGGAUGAAGACUCGCCCCCGGAAUAUUCGAGCCUGGGUAAAACAACUCGACAGGAAGGUAUGGAUUUCGAAGACGAGGAGUUCGGACCUGUACCGCAACCCAGCCCGUUCCGCCACGCGGAUCCGCCCUCGUGGUCGUUCAGUCACAUCUCGGAUGCUCACGGCUCUUCACAGAUGACCACAGCGCAACGGGGAUCCAUCUCUGAUGACGAUGAUUUACCCGACGACAACGACAGUAACAAGGCAGUAGGUGGCGGAGACGUCAGUGAUACUGACCUCAGGAUGGCUGCCCUUACCGAUAGCCCUAGAGGGGGAUUGGGGUUUCCUGGCACCCCGAUGGAGGAAACGUCCUUCCAGGAACUUCAUCCAUUUGGUGGUGACGGGGAUGACGAUGACGAAGAUGAUCUGCCUGUGGUAGAGUUGCAAGUGAACGACGAAGAUCGAGUUCUGCCAUAA